AUGGCGCUGUUUUCAGCAGCAGCAAAAGGAGACGUCCUGAAGAUACAAUCAUUAAUCGACCCAGAAGACAAGUCAGAGGAUUCGGGAGGAGUUGAUGUAAACUGCUCGGAUGCGUACGGCAAGACACUCCUUCACAUUGCUUCGGAAAACGGACAUUUGCAAACGGUUAAAUGCCUUACCCAUCAUGGAGCAAAAGUGAAUAUGGUGGAUGCUAACCUACAGACAUCGGUUCACUUAUGCUCAAAGAAAGGCCAUCUUCGUGUGAUAGAGCUGUUAGUGAACGAAGGGGCAGAUAUUGAUGUUGGUGACGACAUUGGGUUUACAGCUCUUCAUAUAGCAACAUUCAAUGGUCAUCUUGAUACUGUCAAAUAUCUCGUUAGUAAAGGGGCAGACUUAGGGAGAAUUGCUAAUGAUUACUGGACCCCUCUACACCUUGCUUUAUACAGUGGCCAUCUUGACAUUGCAGAGUACCUUUUGACAGAAGGAGCCAAUAUUAACGCGUGUAGUAAAGGGGGAUGUACAGCACUACAUGCUGCAUCACAAACCGGAAAUAUAGAUGGAGUGAAAUAUCUAACCAGUCAAGGAGCAGAGCUGGAUAGGAGUACCGACGACGGUAAGAAUGCACUAAGUUUGGCUUCAUUUAGGGGACACCUUGAUAUUGUUAAAGUUCUCGUUAAGGAAGGGGUAGAGGUUGACAAAGCACUCAGGAACGGGAUGACACCCUUGUGUCUUGCAACAAAAAGAGGUCAUCUGGGCAUUGUCGAGGUCUUACUGAACGUAGGAGCAAAUAUUGAUAACUGUAAUCGAGACGGGCAAACAUCACUCCACAUUGCAUCGUCUAAUGGACACGUUGAAAUAGUUCAUCAUCUUGUUAGCAAAGGGGCACAGCUUGAUAAAUGUGACAAAAACGACAGGACACCCUUGUGUUGUGCUUCCAAAAAAGGCCAUCUUGAAGUCGUCGAGUUUAUUGUGAACGAAGGAGCAGACAUUGAAAUUAGUGAUAAAGACGGGUUUACAGCUCUUCACAUAGCAUCAUUCAAUGGUCAUCUUGAUAUUGUCAAAUACCUUGUUAGUAAAGGGGCAGACCUGGGGAGACUUGCUAAUGAUUACUGGACACCUCUACACCUUGCUUUAGACAGUGGCCAUCUUGAUAUUGCAGAUUACCUUUUGACAGAAGGAGCCAACAUUAACACAUGUGGUAAAGAUGGAUAUUCAGCUCUACAUACUGCAUCACAAACUGGUGAUAUUGAGGUAGUGAAAUAUCUAACCAGUCAAGGAGCAGAAGUGGAUAGGAGCACUGACGAUGGUUGGACCGCACUUAUUUUGGCUUCAUUUGGCGGACGCCUUGACAUUGUCAAAUACCUUGUUAGUAAAGGGUCUCAGCUUGACAAAUGUGACAAAGCCGACAGGACCCCCUUGUAUUGUGCUUCUCAAGAAGGCCAUUUUGAAGUCGUCCAGUAUAUCGUGAACAAGGGAGCAGGCAUUGAAAUUGGUGAUAAAGAUGGGUAUACAGCUCUUCACAUUGCAUCCUUCAAGGGUCAUCUUGAUAUUGUCAAAUACCUUGUUAGGAAAGGGGCACAGCUUAACAAAUGUAACAAAAGCGACAGGACACCCUUGUCUUGUGCUUCCCAAAAAGGCCAUCUUGAAGUCGUCGAGUUUCUUGUGAACGAAGGAGCAUGCAUUGAAAUUGGUAAUAAAGAUGGGGUUACAGCUCUCCACAGAGCAUCAUUCAAUGGUUAUCUUGAUAUUGUCAAAUACCUUGUUAGUAAAGGUGCAGACCUGGGGAAACUUGCUAAUGAAGAGGACCACUAUGACUACCUUCGCAGUACGUUCGGUAGUAAGGCUCUCCCUAGCUUAAUGCCCCGCCCAUACUCCCCAACAUACGAUCCAUAUCUUACCAGUAAACAAGACAGCUCUAGCUCCUCGAGGAAGAGUAUCACAGAAGAGACAAAGAUUAUAAGUCUAGACGAGUACAGCAUCAAGGUUCCAAUUUCACCAGACGAUGUGGACAGAGCCAAAUAUAUCACAGCAGAAGCAUUGACAACCAUUCCACCUGACUUAAAGCUGGACAAAGACGAAGUUAUCAUCUCAGUUGGGCUCAAGCUAUCCCCUCCUGGUCUUCAGUUUAAAACUCCGGUGGAAGUCACGGUCUCGCAUAGCGCUAUUUUCACCAACCCAGACAAGGCAGAAAUUGUGCUAUACACCCGAAGAACUGGGUCUGAUGAAUUUUCAAGGAUCGUUCCUGCUUCUGACAAAGCUGCUCGGUGUGUAGUUGCAAAGAAUCACAUUACUCUGUACUUAGACCAUUUCUCGGAAUGGUGGAUUAUCUCCUUAAUCAGGAGAUACUUCAUCGGUAAACGGCUCAUCUGUACGCCAUACGUUCCCCUGUCAACAUCUAGAGACGUCAUGAACUACAUCCUGCUCAAUAUUAGAGAUGACUUCUGCGGCAUGAAAGAGGAUACCAUACGAGAUUACAAGGUAGCCUUUCCUGGUGAGCAGUACUGUGUAUAUUGGGGAAAGGGACCCCUUUUUGUCAGACACCUGGAAAACAAAGAGGAAGUGUCAAAAGAGGAACUUGAAGAAUGUGCUUUCUUUGACAUGACGACCCAUCGCAUGCCGUUCAAUCUUCAGCCACGUGAAAGGAUAGUAUCCGGAGUUCUCGUCACUCUCAUCUUGAAGCAAAAAAUCACGAAGAAGAUCACCUUCCCAGUACAGUACAUCGAUGUGCCGCAUGAGAAUCCAAUUGCCCAAUCAACUCCGACAGGAACUGCAUCGUCCAAAGGCAGAGCUGAACAACAUGAUGUUGGACGGGGAACAUCCAAAUCACCUCAGCUCCCCGAAGAGCUGACGAUAAGCAGGCAUCAGCAUCUUGAAACGAUAGGUUCAACAUCACCUGAGCCUGCAGGCACAAAGGGUAGAAGUAGUCAUACUGAAGACCUUACAAGACCUAGGCCGUUGACUCCGCCAUCGAUAGAGUCACCGUCAUGUGAACAUGCCUACCAAGUCACACCUGAUUUGGUAACAGAAAGAGGAGCAAUUGGUAAGGAGCUAAAAGAUUAA